AUGUCUGAAUAAUCAGAAGAAGAAUCCUAAUAGUUAUAAUAAAAAGAAGAAGAACAAUAGAAUAGUCAAAUUAUAUAAUAAGAGGAUAAGACUGAGUAAUAAUUAUAGUAAAUCCCAUAUGUUCAUAUGUUAAAUAAUAAAUAUAAUGUGAGAGAAGCUGUUCAUGCAGGAUCCUGGUAUUCUAGCAAAAGUAAUGAAUUAAAAAUACAGAUUAAUUGUUGGUUAGAAUAAGCUAAAGCAGAAGUAACUACAGUUGCAUAAUUGAAAGCAUUAGUUGUUCCGUAAUAUAUUUAUAAUUAAAUUAAGUCAUGCAGGUUAUGCUUAUUCUGGUCCAACUGCUGCAUUCAGUUACAAAUAUUUAAAGAAAUAUCCUCCUUCUGAAAAAUUAAAAGUAUUUAUUCUUGGUCCUUGUCAUUAUGUUUAUAUAACUUAAUGUUGUUUAACUAGAUAAGAAAUCUAUGAAACUCCAUUAGGAAAUAUUAAAGUAGAUCUAGAAAGUAAUUAAUUAAUGAUCAUAUUAUUAGCUGUUAAAUAAUUACAUGAAUAAGGAUAAUUUGAAUAAUCAGACAAAGAUGCAGAAGAGGAAGAACAUUCAAUUGAAAUGUAAUUGCCAUUUUUAGCUCAUAUUUUGGGUACUGAUAAUUUUACUAUAAUUCCAAUUAUGGUUGGAUCAAUUGAUGCUAAAUCUGAAGAGUAUUAUGGUAAAUUGUUAAGUGA